CCAUAUAACGGUUUUCUCUUUCCCUAUACCUUCUCUCUUGCCUUCAAUAUCUUCAUCAAAUCUUUUCACCUUUCAUUUGCUAGUUUGAGUCUUUGGAUCCAUGGGGAAUUACAUUUCCUGCACCUUGGCCACUCCCUUGAUCAAGGGCGGAAAAGCGACACGUGUUGUCCUUCCCUGCGGCGAAAUCCGCCAAUUUCACGACUGCGUUAAGGCGGCCGAGCUUAUGUUGGAGUGUCCUAAUUAUUUCCUCAUCAAUUCCCGGUCUCUACACAUCGGUAAACGGUUUUCGGCCUUGAGUGCCGAUGAAGAAUUGGAGCUCGGCAAUGUUUUCCUCAUGUUCCCGAUGAAAAGACUCAACUCUGUGGUGACCGCAGCCGAUAUGGCCGUACUUUUCAUGGCGGCGAAUGCUUCGGCCAAGAGAAUAUCGUGUGGAAACGUUAGCAACGAGGAAGAAAGCUCGAUGGGAGGACCGAAAUUGAGCUUGGAAGGGGUUGAAGAAUUUAAGUACAGGUUAUCCGUUUGUAGGUCAAGAAAGCCUUCAUUAGAAACAAUCAAAGAAGAGCAUGUUUGCUCAAGGUGAACAAAUCAAUCAUGUUGGGUCAGUAAUACAAAGUUUACCCUUUUGGUUGAUUUGCAUAUGUAAAAAGACCAACAUGUUGUUGUUUUAAAAAAGGUGAAAUAUUUGAGUCAAUAAU